CUAUAAUGUCGGUAAAAUAGAGUGCACAUUUAUCAUUGUUGAUUUCAUUUCUAACCUAACCUCUGUCUUCAUCAUCACAUAACAUUUAUUAACGGGAUAAUUUAUGCACGUAAAACAUGUUGAUUUUAAAGCUCUUUGUGACUAUGCAAAGCUGCUUUGUUUGAUGAAUAGUAUGGAUGAUGUAAAACGUGAAAAUAAUGAAGUAAGACGUUCCAAAAGUGAAGUGAAAAAUGUAGUUACAGGGUAUCUCCAUAAGAGAAAUUACACAACUUUGCAAACCUUUGAAAGCACAAAGAAUGAACAAAUAACUCAUUCAUUACUAGAAAGUGGUGUAGGAAGAUCUAAUUCAAUUUUAUACAGCUGUUAUAAUAGUGACCCUUUGGUGAUAGAUCAAAACUUCACAAAAUUUCUUCUGUGGUUAAAGGAUCAAACAAAACAUAAAAAUCAUUGCCACGAUGUAGAACAGAUAGUAGGACCAUUAUUUUGCCACCUUUAUAUAGAUAUUGUGGGCGGAGGACAUUCUGAGAGAGCUGCAUCUUUUUUAAAAUGUCAUUUACCCGCCAUCGAUAAAGGUAAAUGUGAUUGCACAGUUAGAGAUUUGAUUAAUUUAUUCUCAAGUGAUGGUGAUAUAACUAAACUAAAAGAAAAAUUCAGGUCUAAAAAAAUUGUGAUUGAAUUAAAAGAACAGUCUCUUGCAGUUUUAAAAAAAUUUGUAUUGGAGAGUUGUCAUGUUCUCUUUUUACAAAUUUUACAGAGUUGGUUUGAUUUUGAAAAAUGUAACGAUAAAGAAACUUCAGCAAAGGACAUAGAAAAAAUGAUUGCUGACGAUGUUCUGAAAGAUUCCAAAUUUCAAGAACUGUUAAAUGCAAUUAAAAACUUAAAAAAAGAACCUUUGCCUAUAUAUAAUAUAAAAAUAAGUAAUAAUAAACAGGCCAUAUCAUGUGGAUUAUUAAAAAGACAGUGUGGACUAGUCGCUUUGUCUGAAAAUAACGUACUAAAGUUAGUGCCAAUUCACUCUUUGGACUCACUUUUUAGUCAAGUACAUUAUAAAGAGUUAAAAUUUACCAAUCACUCUGGUCAAAUAUACAGCAUAGCUGUAUCACCAAAUAAUAGUAAAUUAAUAUCUGCGUCAGCUGAUCACAGUAUAUGUAUAUAUGAUCUAAUAGAUAUGAAACUGUUGAAAAAGUGUACAGGUCAUUUAGGACCAGUGUACUGUGUGAAAAUUAGUAGUAAUGGUGAAUACCUAGUAACAGGGUCCAUGGAUACAACGGCAAGAUUAUGGGAUAUUACAAAUGGAAAGACCUUGAGAGUGUUUUCAGGACAUACUCAAGCUAUUACAUGUUUAGACUUCCAUCCAAACUGUCUUUAUAUAGCGACAGGUUCAGCUGACAGAAAUAUUAGGUUGUGGAGUUUAAGUAAAGCAAGCCCCAUGAGACUUUUGCAUGCUGCUAAAGGCACAAUCUAUGAUCUAGCCUUUAACCCGUCGGGCCGUUUUUUAGCUAGUGCAAGUGAAGACAAAAAAAUUCGUGUGUGGGACUUAUUGACAUCUAAAAUAGUUGUGGAACUGAGAUGUAAAGACACUCCAGUAGUUCAGUUAAUUUGGAGUUGUGAUGGGGCUGAAUUGUGUGCGGGAACCAUUGAUGGCGUUAUUCGAGUGUGGAACUUUGCGAAUAUGCAGAGUCAUACAGGCAACAAUAAAUAUCAUGAACCUAUAUUAAUCCAACCUUUGAAUUCUAAGUUAUUAUGUCUGGAGUAUACAUUAGGUACUUAUGGCACUUUAACUAUGUAAUGUGUUAGUUCUGAAAAUUAACUGAUUAUUUUUUUUAAUGUUACUUACCUAUCAUGUCUAUGUAAUCUAAGUUAUAAGAUAUAUGCAAUUCUUAUUCUUAUAAAAAAUAUUGGUGUGCGGGCUUCCAUGUCAGUUAUCAAUGGUUGAACAAUAUAAACUUGUUAAUGUUUUGAGAGACAUACCGCUCUCUUCUUCAGAAGAAACUCUGAAUCUGGGAAAAGAGCGGUAUGUCUCAAAAUAUCUAGAAGUCCAAACUAACGAAGUGGGUGGCAACCAGCCCAGAAAUUGUUCAACCAUAAAAAAUAUAUUUCAUGUUACUGCAGAGACAACAAAAGAUAUAAGAUAUAUUUCGUAAAAGUUCUAGUCUAGUAAUUUACAAGUCUUCUGUGAUUUAAAGAGGUGUAAUAUACUAUUUUUUCGUUUCUAUCAAGUGAUAAAAAAAAAUAUAUACAGGUUCGGAAAGUCCCCAUGGUAC